AUGAUAUCUUACAAUAUUAUAUUAAUAAUUUCGUUAUUGUUGAUAUUUCCUAUUAUAUCUAUUUUUAGACUUAAGAGGAGACACAAUGUAGAGCUUAUUCCAUCAAUUCCAAACUAUAUGGACUUUAAAAUGGUCCUUUGUGUAAGGCAAGAUCUAGGGAUGGGAAAAGGUAAAGUAGCAGUACAGUGUAGUCAUGCAACAUUAGGAGCUUACAAACAAGCUAAAAAGCAUUAUCCAUCAUAUUUAGAAUCAUGGGAGUCUCAUGGUCAAGCAAAGAUUGUUUUAAAAAUUAGUGAUAAAUCGGAAAUGUUUAAAUUAGCUAAUAAAGCAGAAUCUCUUAGAAUUCCAUACUAUAUUGUAUAUGAUGCUGGCAGAACCCAAAUAAAAUCUGGUGAAUGUACAGUUAUUGCAAUAGGACCUGCACCUGUUAUAUCUGUAAAUCAAGUCACUGAUCAUUUGAAGUUAUUGUAA